AUGGAGUCGCUGCUGCUUCCACCGGCUGAGCUGGUUCGUGAGGAUGUGGUCCCCUCAGUGAUUGUAACCACCUUGGUGACUAUUCCGUCACUCAGCUCGUUUCUUAACGUUGAAAUAUGGAGCACUACCGACUACAUUAUAGAGACGACCCUGUAUAUCAUAAUCAACUUGAUGGCGCUAUUUGGAAACAUUCUCGUUUGUUUGAUCGUUUAUAAAAAUCCUCGUUUGCAAACCAUCACCUUUCAAUAUAUUUUUGCACUGGCCAUUUCUGAUGUCGCCAUGGCAAUGUUUUGCAUGCCACUGGUUUGGGGAGUGCUGCUUGUGGGCGAAUGGCGGUACUCACAGGAGGUGUGUGGAGUGCAUGGCUUUGCAGUUCUCUUUUUGGCCUUUGUUUCUUUGCAAACGAUUGCUCUACUUGCUUUCAACCGCUAUUGUCGAGUGGUAAAACCUUGGCUAUUUCGCAAAAUUUUCACAAAGAAGUUCGUGGUGCUCUCCUUGCUCGCUGUAGUAGUCUCCGCUGCGUUCUUUCUCGGCUUACCAUUGGUCACAGGUUGGGCAUAUUUCCAUUUCCACUCAGGCAAAAUCACGUGCGUGCUUGAAUUUCACCAUCAAACCAUUGACAAGAUAUAUACUGGCGUUUUGGGUUUAGUCAUAGUCGUGAUUCCAUUUGGCUCCAUAACAUUUUGUUACACCAAAGUGUUCUUGAAAGUACAGAAACAUCGACAAAGGUUUCAAUCUAUCGACUCAAUAAGUGCUCAGAGUUCGAGGAUGAGUGUCGAGGAAGUAAACAUUACCAAGACCCUGUUUGCCAUGGUGUUGGGGUUUACGAUUUGCUGGGUCCCUGUGUUUGUUAUCGAGUUUACUGAUUCUGCCACGGGGAACCACUCUUUACCCAGACGAGUAUAUCUCCUCAAUGUCUUUUUGGUAUCAAUUAGUUCUGCAAUCAACCCAGUCAUAUACGGAGUGCUCAACAGGACAUUCAGGUUGGAAUAUUACAGGAUGUGGCCCUGUUGCAGCUGUUGUUCCAUGGACGUUUGGGACAUCCAACGAGAACAAGAACAAAACGACAAGCCCAAAAGAGCCGACACUUCCACCUGAUCUUCAAAACAAUUCCC